GAUGAGAAAAGCAAAGAAAAAAGAAAGCAAUGAGACAAAAAAAAAAAAUUUGUAUUUUGUGUUCUCAAAAUUAAAAAGAAAUAAAAAAGAAAAAUUAAACAUUUUAUUAUUCUCUCCGAAUCCUUUCAAAUCGAAAAGAAGUCGGGAGGAAAAAUAGUAGUUUCUUUUCUUCUACAAUUUACUGCACCUGCGCUUCCUUCGACCGGUGACACCUCAUCUGCAACUGCCGGCGGCGACCUCCACAGCUGCGCAGGUCAUUCAUGUGUAAAGCACUAUAUCUAAUGGGAUUUGUUCUUGAAACAAACAGGCUAUUCUAAGAAGUUUGCUAUUGUGUAAUACUCAAAGAAAUGGAAAAGUCAAGGGUAAAAAAGGGAAUAAAAGAAGAGGCUGACAACAAUAGUGAUUGGAGGUGGUUAAUGGACAAGGGUAUAUCUGGUCCAUUCAUUUGCAUUAGUCUAUUUUCAAUUCUUGUUCGAGUUUCUGUAUCUAUGCAUCCAUAUUCUGGAGCUGGUGAUUCACCAAAAUAUGGAGAUUUUGAAGCUCAAAGACAUUGGAUGGAGAUCACAACCAAUUUACCUGUUAAUCAAUGGUAUCACAACAGCACUUCAAAUGAUCUUGCUUAUUGGGGACUUGAUUAUCCUCCACUUACUGCUUAUCAAAGUUAUGUUCAUGGGAUUUUUCUAAGAUUCUUCCAUCCAGAUUCUGUUUCACUUUACACUUCACGAGGCCAUGAAUCUUAUAUUGGAAAACUGCUAAUGAGGUGGACAGUUUUAACCUCUGAUGUCCUCAUAUUCUUUCCUGCAGUUCUAUGGUUUAUUAUAGUCUAUGCAAGCCAAUCAAAAGGGUAUAAAAGUAACUUACCAUGGCAUGUUGCAAUGAUUCUGCUUAACCCAUGCCUCAUCCUUAUUGAUCAUGGUCAUUUUCAGUAUAACUGCAUAAGCUUAGGACUUACAAUUGGAGCUGUUGCAGCUUUACUUUGUGACAAAGAUCUUGUUGCUUCAUUCUUCUUCACUCUUGCUCUCAACCACAAACAGAUGAGUGCUUAUUUUGCUCCUGCAUUUUUCAGCUAUUUAUUGGGAAAAAGUUUAAGGUGUAAAAAUCCAGUUUUGGAGGUUGUGAAAUUGGGGAUGAUUGUUAUAGGAACAUUUGCUCUUAUUUGGUGGCCAUAUAUUCACUCCAAAGUUGCAAUUUUUGAGGUUGUGUCACGUUUGGCGCCUUUUGAGAGGGGAAUAUACGAGGACUACGUGGCGAAUUUUUGGUGCACAACUUCAGUCCUCAUUAAGUGGAAAAAAUUAUUCACAACACAAUCACUGAAGCUAUUAAGUCUUACAAUCACUCUUUCCUCAUGUCUUCCUUCCAUGUUUCUUCAAAUAAAGACACCAAGUAAACGAGGCUUCCUCUAUGGACUUCUUAAUUCUGCUUUCUCCUUCUAUUUCUUCUCAUUUCAAGUUCACGAGAAGUCUAUUCUUUUGCCACUCUUGCCAGCAAGUCUCUUAGCAGUAGAAGAACCUUUCCUUUUUCAAUGGCUUACACAAUUCGCCUUAUUCUCCAUCUUUCCUCUUUUACUUCGUGAUAAAUUACUUCUCCCAUAUAUUGCCCUUUAUGCCAUCUUCAUCUUCAUUCACUAUGGAAAACCCAAACCCAAACCCAAACCCAACACACAAAAACCUGAUUUUUUUGUAUCAUUUGUGAUUGUUUGUUUUCUUCUGUUGUCGCUUGUUCUUCAUGUAAUUUAUUUGAAAGUAAACCCACCCAAGAAAUACCCUUUUCUCUUUGAAGCCAUCAUCAUGCUUCUUUGCUUCUCACAGUUUGUUUUCAUUGCUGUUUAUUCCAUUCGAAAGCAAUGGAUUUUGUCAAGAGAGUUGCUAGUUGAAGUCGAAAAGAAGAGGAUUUGAUAUAUACUCUCUUAAACUUUUACUAACACCACAUUUAUUUAUUGUAAUGAUUCACAUAUGAUUAUGAUUUUCUUGUUUGAAUUCACACCAUGGUACAAUGAUCGUUUUGUUUUUAAGAUAAGAGAAACGAGUAUGAGUUUGUAAAUUGUAAUGAUCUAGUAGGAGGAAGUGUUGGAGGAUUAAUUAAAUCAAUU